UUGGUAGAAUGUGACUUUUGAAGAGCAGAUGCUGCCCGCUUCUCUCUUGUUUGCCCCACUACGAUGGAUGAGUGGAAACCCAAUCCACUAGCCAAGCCUCGAAAGAAACGCAGCUGGUAUCUGGCCUGGAAGUACAAGCUGACCAACCAGAGAGCACUCAGGAGGCUGUUCCAGUCUGAUGUGGAGGGUUUUGCCUUGCAGACAGGGGCUGUUCUCUUCUUGCUGGUGACUGUCAUAGUAAACAUAAAACUGAUCUUGGACACUAGAAGAGCAGCCAGUGAAGAAGAGGAGUCUGCGCAGGAUUAUGAUGAAGGCUUGCAGAACCUGGAGAUUCCACGGCGUCCUAUCAACAGUAGGAAAGUUCUGGAUAUUGAGGUGUACUCCAGUCGCUCCAAGGUGUAUGUGGCAGUGGAUGGGACAACGGUUUUGGAAGACGAAGCCCGGGAACAGGGGAGAGGCAUCCACGUGAUCGUGUUAAAUCAGGCUACGGGACAUGUGAUGGCAAAGCGGGUUUUCGAUACCUACUCUCCACAUGAGGAUGAAGCCAUGGUCCUAUUUCUUAAUAUGGUGGCCAGAGGGCGCAUUCUGAUCUUCACUAUUAAGGAUGAGGGCUCCUUUCACUUGAAAGACACAGCAAAGAGUCUUCUGAAGAGUUUAGGAAGCCAGAUUGCAGAAUCCCUCAGCUGGAGAGACAUGUGGACCUUUGUGGGGAAGAAAGGAGGUGAGAUCUACGGUGAAAAACAUGCCAAAUCUGUGGCACUUUCAACCUGGGGGGAACCAGUCUUACUGAAAACUGAAGUCCAGCUGACCUCUGUGGAAGAUGCUGAAUGUCACUGGCCUGACACGGAGUUAAACCGACGGAGGAAACGUUUCUGUAGCAAAGUGGAAGGUUAUGGCAGCGUCUGCAGCUGUAAGGACCCUACACCUAUAGAGUUCAAUCCUGAGCCGCUCAAAGACAACAAAGUUUUUGAUGUGCCUGUCGCUGUCAUUGCAGGAAACAGACCAAACUACCUGUACAGGAUGCUUCGAUCUCUGCUGUCAGCACAAGGGGUUAAUCCUCAGAUGAUCACUGUCUUCAUUGAUGGAUAUUAUGAGGAGCCAAUGGAUGUGGUGGAAUUAUUUGGUCUGAAAGGAAUUCAGCACACCCCCAUCAGCAUUAAAAAUGCCAGAGUCUCUCAGCACUACAAGGCCAGUUUGACUGCAACAUUCAACUUGCAUCCAGAUGCCAAAUUUGCUGUGGUGCUGGAAGAAGACUUGGACAUUUCCAUUGAUUUCUUCAGUUUCCUAAGCCAGACUAUCUAUUUGCUGGAGGAAGAUGACAGCUUGUACUGUAUCUCUGCCUGGAAUGAUCAGGGUUAUGAGCACACAGCUGAGGAUCCAUCCCUCUUGUAUCGUGUAGAGACCAUGCCGGGCUUGGGUUGGGUGUUAAGGAAGUCCCUGUACAAGGAUGAGUUGGAGCCCAAAUGGCCAACGCCAGAAAAGCUCUGGGACUGGGAUAUGUGGAUGCGAAUGCCCGAGCAGCGGAAGGGCCGAGAAUGCAUCAUCCCUGAUGUAUCACGUUCGUACCAUUUUGGCAUUGUGGGGCUCAACAUGAAUGGCUACUUCCAUGAAGCCUAUUUCAAAAAGCACAAGUUCAACACCGUCCCCAACGUACAGCUUAAAAAUGUGGAGAGCUUAAAGAAAGAUGCAUAUGAGAUUGAGAUUCACCAACUGCUCAGUGAGGCUGAGGUUUUGGAUCACAGCAAGAACCCCUGUGAGGAUUCCUUUGUGCCAGACACAGAGGGAAAGAUCUAUGUGAUGUAUAUCAAGAUGGAGCAAGAAGCAGAUUUCACUACCUGGACUCAGCUUGCCAAGUGCCUCCAUAUCUGGGAUCUGGAUGUCCGUGGGAACCACAAGGGACUAUGGCGGCUCUUCCGGAAAAAGAACCCCUUCUUGGUAGUAGGAGUUCCUGUCUCGCCAUAUUCACUCAAGAAACCUUCAUCAGUGACCCCAGUCUACAUGGAACCCCAAGCCAAGGAUGAGGCACCAGGUCCUGUGGCAGCGGCAGAGCAAACGUGAAGCAGAACUGGCCUGUCAUUCGGAUCGCCUUUGCUGCCUGCUGUGGGAAGAGAGGCACCGGCAGCCGUGGAGCUCCACGGGAUCUGUGUGUCAUUUUGUCUGAGGGUCUUAGAA